UCUGACCGUCAUGGGGGAUGCUGGCAUGGAACCGGACGUCUCCUCUCCUGACAACGCCACGCAGCAAGACGCUCUAGUCAGCAUGACGGACGUGUUUCUCGUCUCGCUCAUCAUCGGGCUUUUUACUUACUGGUUCUUCUUCCGGAAGAAAAAGGAGGAAGUCCCAGACCUCCCCAAAAUGCAAUCAGUAGCAGCUCCGGUGAGAGACAGCAGCUUCAUCGAGAAGAUGAAGAAGACUGGGCGAAACAUAGUGGUUUUCUACGGUUCCCAGACGGGUACAGCAGAGGAGUUUGCCAAUCGUCUCUCCAAAGAUGCUCAUCGUUACGGCCUCCGGGGCAUGGCAGCAGAUCCAGAGGAGUAUGACUUGGCAGACCUGAGUCGCCUCUCUGAGAUCGACAAGUCCUUAGCUGUGUUCUGCAUGGCCACUUACGGGGAGGGGGACCCCACGGACAAUGCCCAGGACUUCUACGACUGGCUGCAGGAGGCUGAUGCUGACUUGUCGGGUCUCCGGUUUGCCGUCUUUGGGCUGGGCAACAAGACUUACGAGCACUUCAAUGCCAUGGGAAAGUACGUGGACAAGAGACUGGAGGAGCUUGGAGCCCAACGCAUCUUUGAACUUGGGCUGGGAGAUGACGAUGGCAACUUGGAAGAAGACUUCAUCACCUGGAGAGAGCAGUUCUGGCCAGCAGUGUGUGAGCACUUUGGGGUGGAGGCUACAGGAGAAGAGUCCAGCAUCCGCCAGUAUGAGCUGGUGGUGCACACAGAUGUGAACAUGAACAAAGUCUACACCGGUGAGAUGGGCCGCCUCAAGAGCUACGAGAACCAGAAGCCACCGUUUGAUGCCAAGAACCCGUUCCUGGCCCAGGUUACAGAGAACCGCAAGCUGAAUGAGGGUGGAGAGCGACACCUUAUGCACCUGGAGCUGGACAUCUCCAAUUCCAAAAUCAGGUACGAGUCUGGGGACCACGUGGCAGUGUACCCAGCCAACGACUCUUCUCUGGUGAACCAGAUUGGUGAGAUUCUGGGCACGGAUCUGGACACGAUCAUGUCCCUAAACAAUUUGGACGAGGAAUCCAAUAAGAAACAUCCCUUCCCCUGCCCCACGUCCUACCGCACAGCCCUCACCUACUACCUGGACAUCACCAACCCGCCCCGCACCAACGUUCUCUACGAGCUGGCCCAGUACGCCUCGGACACCGGCGAGCAGGAGCACCUCCGCAAAAUGGCAUCGUCUGCUGCCGAGGGGAAGGCUCUCUACCUCAGCUGGGUGGUGGAGGCCCGGAGGAACAUCCUGGCCAUCCUGCAGGACAUGCCCUCGCUGCGCCCCCCCAUCGACCACUUGUGCGAGCUCCUGCCCCGCCUGCAGGCCCGCUACUACUCCAUCGCCUCCUCCUCCAAGGUUCACCCCAACACCAUCCACAUCUGUGCCGUGACGGUGGAGUACGAGACCAAGACAGGACGCCUGAACAAAGGGGUGGCCACCAACUGGCUCAAGAGCAAGGUGCCUGACAAGAAUGGGAGCAACAACCUGGUGCCCAUGUACGUCAGGAAGUCGCAGUUUCGCCUGCCCUUCAAACCCAGCACACCCGUCAUCAUGAUCGGACCGGGGACAGGCAUAGCCCCCUUCAUCGGCUUCAUUCAGGAGCGGGCCUGGCUGAAGCAACAAG